AUGCCUAACUAUGUGAAUUUCUUGAAGGAUAUUUUGACAAAGAAGGGGAGGCUUGGCGAAUUUGAAACGGUUGCUUUGACUGAAAGUUGUAGUGCUAUUUUGAAGAAUAAAAUCUCUCCCAAGUUGAAGGAUCUAGACAAUUUUACAAUUCCAAUUUCUAUUGGGGGAAAAGAAUUAGAAAUUGGAGAAGCAAGGCCAACUACACUCACUUUGCAAUUAGCCGACCAUUCUAUGAUGCAUUCGGAGGGAAAUAUUGAAGACGUCCUAGUACAAGUUGACAAGUUUAUUUUUUCGGAGGAUUUUAUUAUUCUGGACUAUGAGGAAGAUAGAGAUGUACCGAUCAUUUUGGGGAGACCAUUUCUUGCCACCGGGAGGACGUUGAUAGAUGUUGAAAAAGGAGAGCUCACCAUUCGAGCUCAAGAUGAACAAGUAAAAUUUAAGGUUUUUAAUCCUAUACGCUCUCCUAAUGAAGUUGAAGCUUGUUUGGCCAUAAGUUCUUCUAACUUCAAGUUGAUUGAAAAGAUGCAUGACAAACAUAGCAAGGGAGUGAAGAAAAGUGAAGAAAAAUGUCCCUUUCGAAGAAAUUGA